AUGGCUUCAAACAGUCUAUUCAGCAGCAGCCCAAUGCUGUACUGGGAUCCUGUGGUGAAGCGCCGGCCAACACCACCACCCACCACGCGCCAACUGGAGGACCAGGAGGUGAGGUCCCUCCACCAGCGCAGCACGGCGCCACCCAGGGGCCUGGUGCAGACCGACAGCCCCAACUUCCUCUGCAGCAGCCUGCCGCAGCACUGGAGGUGUAACAAGACCCUGCCCAGAGCAUUCACUGUGGUUGCCCUGGGCAACGACGUGCCGGAUGGCGUGGUGGUCACAGUGAUGGCUGGCAACAGUGAAAACAGCAGCGCCGAGCUCCGCAACGCCACAGCGACCAUGAAGCAGGGCCACGCUUACUUUAACGACCUGCGCUUCAUAGGGCGCAGCGGGAGAGGUAAGAGUUUCACAAUUUCCAUCAACGUGCUGACCUCGCCGCCUCAGAUCGCCACGGUGCACAGAGCCAUCAAGGUCACUGUGGACGGCCAGCGGCUGCCAAGACGACCGAGGCAGAAGGAGGUGAAGUCAGCAGUGUUCAGGUCCCCCACCAGCAGCACUGCAUCAUCAGAUUGUAGAUCUUUUACUUCCUCUCUGUGGACCAAUGAGCCAUCGUUUCUGGGCCAGGUAACGUCUCUGACUUCCUCCUUCACUCCAAGUCCCAGAAUGCACCACUUGCCUACGAUCUCCUACCCCACCCAGCCCACACCGUACAGCUCCUACAGCCUGUCUUCCCCUCCUCCCCCUUCGCUGAACCACAGUGGUUCGUUCCAGCCGAGCAGCUUCUACCAUGGACCAAACCAAAUGAUCCAAACCAUGGGGGAGGACCGCAACCUCAUCACAUCUCUGGCUAAUUACAUUGAUGGGGCGUGUCUUUCCGUACGAGGGGAGGAGCCUGUCUGGAGGCCUUAUUGA